AUGGAUGCUACUCAAUUUUCACAAAUGCUAGAAGCAUUCAACAAAGCGCAACAAAAUUUAUUGCGUCUAAUAAGCACAAAUACGAACAAUCAGCAACAACAACAAGGCAGUCAGCCAUUCCAAAUGCUCUUACCGCCUUUUGAACACUUCGAUGCUACAAAAGAAAAUUUUAGGUUAUACCGGCAAAGGUUCGAGAAUUACUUAACAAUGAAAGGUGUUUUUACAAACAAAGUACUAUGCCAUCAAAUGUUAAUUAAUUCAAUUGGCUCUGUACAUUUCAAAUUGAUUGUGUCGCUAAUUGCCCCGAAGUCACUUAAUGAAGUCGAAUACAAAGACAUAAUUGAAAAAUUAGAAGCACAUCUUUGCCCGAAAAGGAACAUUCUAGUAAGUCAACAUAGGUUCUUGUCAACCUAUCAAAAUGAAGGCCAAACAAUUGCGGAAUACGUAGCGUUAUUGAAGCGCGAUAUUAAUGAAUGCAAUUUUCUGUCGUCGUGCAAUUGUAAGGCCGAUAUUUCGAACAUUUUUCUACGAGCACAGUUUAUUCGAGGUAUAUUUGACAAUACAAUACGGGAGCAAAUACUUCAAUCAGAAGAAACUGACUUUGAUAAAAUUGUACAAAAGUCUUUAUCGCUAGAAGCAUCGAAAAUAGAUAGCCGGGAAAUUAACGCGAAGCAUAGCACUAGUGACGUAAAUAAAAUUGUAAGCAGAAAGCAGAAUCGUGGAAGAAGCCAUUCUUCCAGCCGCCAUUCAAAACCGCAGGCACGAGCAAAAUCAAAGGUAAAUUACAAAGAGCUUGGUAUAGAUAAUUUAUGUAUACGGUGUGGACGAGACAACCACAAAACGAAGCAGUGCCGUACCAACGCAAAAAACCUAAAAUGUAACUCCUGUGGUAAAAGAGGCCAUGUACAGCAAGUAUGCAUCACUACAUUAAUGAAGUCUACAAAGAACGCAAAUGUCAAAUCAGAGGAUACCGAGGAAUCAAUUCAUCAAAUAUAUGGCAUUAAUCGCAUUAUAGAUAUUUUUUCGAAUCAACAUAGUUACAGUGAUGUUGAUAAGUAUUAUGUCACUGUUGAAUUAAAUGGGCGAAAACAACAAUUCGAGGUCGAUUCAGGCGUCGGGUUUACCCUUAUACCAAGGAACCAAUUCAAUCAACUCCAGAUAAACGAGCAACUACAACCUUCAAGUGUUGCUUUCCGUUCAUAUACGAAGAAUAUCAUUGUUCCCGAUGGCAAAGUCAAGGUAAGGGUAAAAUUCAAUAAUAGUAUAUCCGACGAAGAAAUGUAUGUUGUCCCUGAUGAAUAUGAUGCACUGUUAGGCCGAGUUUGGAUUCGACACCUAAACAUCAAUCUUCAGCAAGUCGAUAAGCAUCGCGUACACAACAUAAAUAAAGUCAAUGCACAAAAUCAUAAUUCAAUAUCUGAUAUUAUUAAUGAGUUUCCCGAAGUUUUUGAAGAAAGAGUAGGAUGUGUCCCUGAAAUUGAAAUCACAUUGCAGCUGCGAAAAGGUUCUAAGCCAGUUUUUUAUAAGGAGCGUGAAGUUCCGUACGCAUUGAGAGACUCCGUCGAAAAAGAAUUAGAAGAAUUAGAAGCUUCCGGCAUUAUUUCAAAAUGUGAAAGGAGCGACUGGGGUUCUCCACUAGUAAUUGUCCCGAAGCCAGAUGGAAAAGUAAGACUAUGCGUCGACUAUAAACCAGGGGUUAAUCCACAACUAGUAGCAGCUAAUUACCCAAUACGCAGAAUCGAUGAAAUUUUGAAUAGCCUAAAAGGGUCAAAAUAUUUUUGUCGUCUCGAUCUCUAUAAGGCAUAUUUACACAUAAGGGUAAAUCCAGAAUCCACACCGUCAGAAUUCAAUCGUAUAAUAGAGCAACUUUUAUCGGGUUUAAACAAAACCAUGUCCUACUUCGAUGAUAUUUUGGUACACGGGUCUACAGAAGCUGAAUGUAAACAAAAUCUAGUCGAAUGUCUUAAACGCUUAAAGAAAUAUGACUUACACUUGAAUAAAAGCAAAUGCUCGUUUCUGAAAACUCGCGUAGAAUACCUAGGGCAUGUCGUACAAUUUAACCAAAUUUCAAAGUCACCGUCUAAAGUCGAAACAAUUGUAAACAUGGCUCGUCCAAAAACAGUCGAUGAUGUCAGAAGAUUUCUAGGCAUGCUUGUCACCGAUAAUCGCCCGCUUACAAGAAUUUUUCACCAGCACAAUAAAAUGCCAGCUAUAACAUCUGCCAGACUUCUGCGAUACGCCGAAUUCCUGUCGAGUUUUAAUUACGAAGUAAUCUACAAAAAAGGAUCCGAAAAUACUAAUGCAGAUUGUCUAUCCAGAGCAACGCAAAUUCCAGGAAAUCAUUGCACGGACAAAGUAAUAAAUGAAGAGAUAAAUGAACUAUGUUUGUUAUCCAUCUUUGAAAUAUCCAGCGAAUACAUAAAUUCAGAAAUCUUAGCAUCGGAAACCGCAAAAGAUCCCGAACUUUCAAACAUCUUAACCAACAUGAUGAACGGGAACGACGAAGGUACGUAUAUGCUCAAUAACGGCAUUAUUUUUAAGGGUCAACGGGUAGUGAUUCCAAAAAGCCUACAGCAAAAUGUUCUUCAAGAAUUACAUCGCACUCACCCAGGCGUUACCAAAAUGAAGCAACUCGCCAGAAGAUAUUGUAUCUGGAAAGGUAUUGACCGUGAUAUAGAACGGACAGUACGAUCAUGCGAACCAUGUGUUCAAGUUCAAAACAAACCGGCGAAAGCUCCACUGCACCACUGGGAGGAACCAAAAGAAAAUUGGGAAAGAAUACAUAUAGAUUACGCCGGACCAUUCCAGGAUAAUCAUUUUCUUGUGGUCGUGGAUGCAAAGUCUAGAUGGGCAGAAUUUCGAGUUAUACGGGAUGCUCCAACAACCCAAUCCACAAUUAACCUUCUAUCGGAUAUUUUCGCUACUCAUGGAUAUCCGUCGAUCAUGGUUUCUGACAACGCAACUAUUUUUACGAGCGCACAUUUCAAAUCAUACUGCAGCAAAAAUGGAAUUUACCAGAAGCUCAUAGCACCAGGGCACCCGAGUACGAAUGGUCUUGCCGAGCGAAAUGUUCAAACACUUAAAAGGAAGUUAAAAGCUAUGUCAACAGAACCAGGUCCACUACGCCAAAAAGUCAAUGACAUUUUACAAAUAUACCGAGCAACUCCUCUUAGUAAUGGUAUGAGCCCAGCAGAACUUUACCUAAAAAGACGUAUACGGAUUCGAUUAGACGCGCUAAAACCAAUAACACAUAAUAAAGUAACGGAUUCUAUACCAGGUGUGCGCCAUAUUAGCGAGGGAGAGAGAGUACAAGCGUUAUAUACACAAAACAGCAAAACAAUUUGGAAAACAGGUACUGUACAACGAAAGCUAGGUCAACUUCACUACAUUAUUAAACUAGAUGACGGCUACACCUUAAAACGCCAUAUAGAUCAACUAAAGGUCACAAAAGUUCAACAGCGGAAAGUCAGGUUCGCUCAAGAUGUUCCUGACAUAGGUAAUACCCGGGGAAGUACUUCAAAUACGAUUUCCGACCCAGCAGACCAACAAAAUCAUAGGAAUAGCCAGUACAAUUUUCAACAAGUCGAAACUGGAUCUCAAUCUAAUUCAGAAUCGAACGAUACAGAAUCUCAAAGACAUACAGAAACAUUACCUCGAACUCCAGAGCAGCCAACCCAAUCGUCAACUGCUCAAAAUCCGGAACAGUCGAGUCAAAGACCUGCACGAAUACGCAAUAAACCUGCACAUCUCCGCGAUUAUGACUUAACAUAA